AUGACAUCUGUUUUUCAUUCUGUUUUUUUAGGAAGGAAUAAAAGUUAAUGAAAAUGUCUUCCAGCAAACCUCCAAAUGAAAAUGAAACCCCCAAAGAGAGAAACCCAGGACUGAGAAGUGUCCGAACAACUAUGCUCGUCCGAGCUGUGAACCCAGAGCUUUUCAUUAGACCUAACAAACCCGUGAUGGCAUUUGGGUUCAUAGCAAUUACCCUCUGUGUGGCCUACCUUGGUUAUUGGCGUGCAACAGUAGAGAAUGAGAAGGACCUCUAUGAAGCCAUCGACAGUGAGGGGUCCAGGUAUAUGAGGAGAAAAACUUCCAAGUGGGACUGA